AUGGUCGGCAAAGUCUCAGAAAGAGUGCUUCUUAGAGAAGGGCUGGAGAGAACCGACAAUGGCAUGAAAUUGACCUCAUGGCCCGAUGUCACCCCCAUCAACCAGAAGAACUACUAUACAGAUUAUAUGAAAAGGGAUGAUCAGGUCCUAGCCCUCCGACUCCAAAGCGAUGCGACUCGCGAUCGACUAGUACAGAGUGCCCGAGACCGCGAUCGUGCUCUUUCAAAGCCCGCUAAUGGCGAGCUGCCCCUGCCCCUGCCAGAUCUCGGCGAAGAUGACGGAGCCGCAACUCCCUCGGGUGGGAUGGACCCAUCCAGGGUGAUUGUUAUUCAUCCUGGAAGCCAAAAUCUGCGCAUUGGAUUCGCUAGCGAUGCACUUCCCAAGACUAUCCCGACUACCCUAGCGACCAAAUUCCCCCAGACCGAAUCGGAGAUGUACGAGGCUUUACCCCGACGCCAGUUUGAAGCAAAGACUACGGAUCAGCAAUAUGGAGAAGAGUGGUCGAAGAAAUACCAAAAGAUGUGCAACGAUCUGAAGGUGGAAAUGCGCGCCAACAAGCGAAAAGUACUUCCCAACUCCAAGGAGCUUGUCCAGACAUUCAAUCGCCGCACAGAGCCCGAGAUUAUUCAGAGACAUAACGAUGUGCUCGAGAUCUUGCGAUCCUGUAUGACCUGGUUUGAGUUCAGCAGAGUAUGCUUUAUCCAGGAAAGCAUGGCAGCGACUUUUGGCGCCGGAUAUACACAAGCCUGCGUCGUGGAUAUCGGCGCGCAGAAGACGUCUGUGACCUGUGUCGAGGACGGACUUUGCAUUGAAGACUCGAGAAUCAACCUCAAGUAUGGCGGAUACGAUAUUACGGAGACUUUCAUCAAAAUGAUGCUCUAUGAUAACUUUCCCUACCAGGAAAUCAACCUGCGGAGGAGAUAUGAUUUCCUUCUAGCUGAAGAGCUUAAGGCGAAGCAUUGUACCAUGUCUCAAGCCAACAUCUCGGUACAGCUCUACAACUUUCACGUUCGAGCACCCAACCAGCCUACACGGAAAUAUGCGUUCAAGACAUACGACGAAGUCAUUCUUGCGGCGAUGGGAGUGUUUGAGCCAGCAAUCUUUGACAAUAGUACAAAGCUCAGGGGAAGGAGAAAGCUUGUCGAGCGUUCUUACAACGCUUAUGACGUGGAUAUUCCCGACGAUCCGUCCUCUGCCGCACAACUCGCAAUUCUCGCACUGGUAAAGCCAUCACUCAUGACCAACGCGAACGGCUUCUCUCAGUCACAGCCUGAAGUGUCAACACCAAACAAGGAGAAAUCACAGUUCAACUUCCUUCCCAAAGCUGAGACAGCAACCGGCACUCCAAUUGCAUCGCACGCCGGGUCGCCGGCCCCCGAGGGCAGUGGCACUCCAGUACCAGCCCCAUUCGUCUUUGGUGCCAACAAGGACGGCGUUAAUGGCGACAGCCCUGCUCCGGGCAGCAUUCGAGCGGCUGGCACACCAGUUCCUGGACAGUCCCAAGCCACGCAGCCGCCCCCAGGAAUGUUUGUGGACGCAGCGGCACGGGGAGCCAAAGACAUGGCAACUGAAAGAGAUGAGGUACUGCCCCUGGCACCGCUGGACAUUUCUAUUCUCACAAGCAUUCAUAAUGCAGCUAAGGGCGAUGAGAAGAAAGUUCGUGAUUUGCUGGGCAGUAUCAUGGUCAUUGGCGGCGGCGCCAAGGUCCCACAGCUCACCGUAGUUUUGGAAGAGAGACUGAAGGCGCUGAAGCCUGAUCUCAACGAUAGGAUCCUGGUCAGUCGAAGCGCGAGAGAUAUGGACGAGCAGGUUGUCACUUGGAAGGGAGCUAGCGUCUUUGCGAAGCUGUCAACCAACGACUCGUGGAUCACGCCAUUUGAGUUUGAGAGGCUGGGCGCCCGCACGCUCCACCACAAGGUGCUCUGGGCUUGGUAG